GCACAGCAAGAUCUCACAUUUUUUUUCAGUCACACUCCACUCGCACAUGCUGACAAACACACACACACACACAGAAACACGCAUUCAGGCCCAAAUCUGUGUUUUGACAUUUUUGUUUGGUCUUGAGAAGCGUGUUCAAGGGGAUCUGCAGAUACUGGUUUAUAGGCUCAUCCCUUCAAAAAGGAAUCGUCACAGAAGCAACAAGAACCUGACCAGAAAGACUGCCCUGAUCACCAUAAACUCUAAACUUUAAACUGUCAUGUGGUCUGUCCUGACCUUGCUGCUUGCCCUCUCCAGUGGAGCCAUGUCUCUAGACAAACUGAACAUGUGCAUGGAUGCAAAACAUCACAAAACAGAGCCCGGCCCUGAGGGAGAACUGUACAAGCAGUGCUCUCCAUGGAGAGAGAAUGCAUGCUGCACAGCCAACACCACCGAAGAAGCCCACGAGGAUACCUCCUAUCUGUACAACUUCAACUGGAAUCACUGUGGUGCUAUGAGCCAGGAGUGCAAGAAACAUUUCAUCCAGGACACUUGCUUUUAUGAGUGCUCACCACACUUGGGACCCUGGAUACAACCGGUGGAUCAGAGCUGGCGUAAGGAGCGCAUCUUGGAUGUGCCUUUGUGUAAGGAGGAUUGUGAAAGCUGGUGGGAAGACUGCAAGAACGAUUUCACCUGCAAAACCGACUGGCACAAGGGAUGGGACUGGAGCUCGGGUAUUAACAAAUGCCCUGAAAGUAGCAAGUGCAGGAAGUGGACUGAUGUUUUCCCCACACCCAAAGCAAUGUGUGAACAAAUCUGGUCCAACUCUUACAUGUACACCACCUUUACCAAAACAUCUGGGCGAUGCAUGCAGCUCUGGUUUAACGGCACAAACCCCAACAAGAAGGUGGCUGAAUAUUACCUCAACAAUGGACCGCAACAGCAAAGCUCCGCUCUGCCAAUGCUGCUCUUCGUGGCUGUCACAGCCUUCUCUGUAAUGACUUAAUAUUAAUAUUCCCAACCUAUGCUGUAGCACCUUGGAGUAA